AUGUACUGCACUGCGAUUCGGCAUACCCGUAUACUUGAGUCGACGCACCGCUUAACGUCAUUCUUAAACCUGUUCUCUCUGAUGUUGGAUGCUGGGAUCCACAAUAUCUCUGAAGAGCGCGACAAAGCUGUAUUUAAGGUAGAAGAACGUCUACAACUCGAUCUUAGCGAUGAAGCUGCAUCGGUACAUAUUUUUGGAGUGAUUGAGACGAGCAUGAACUUCCUCAGUAUGAAUGUCGGCAUAGUGAUGGACGUGUUACACGAUUUGAAGCAGAAUCUUAGCUGGUAG